CUUAUGACGCAAGACCAAAGAGAAGAACUUCCUGUCUGUCCUGUUGCUCCAAAAAUGGCGGACACGUGUGGCCAGGUGCUGCUGGGGUCAGGGCUCACCGUCCUGUCUCACCCUCUCAUGUACAUCAAGGUCCUGAUCCAGGUAGGACAUGAGCCGCUCCCCCCCACCCUGGGCAGGAACCUGUUUGGCAGACAGGUCUAUCAGCUGCCUGGACUGUUUGCUUAUGAAGGAGCUGUGUGUCUGGAAGCUUGAACUGAGAGCUGGCAGACCUCAGAUCUGUUCCCCCCCAGCGAAACACAUCAUCAAGAUCGAUGGAAAAGCGGGUCUUUUCAAAGGGCUUGGCCCAAGGCUCUGUGCUGGCACCAUUGGUACCAUCGUGCACAGCAGAGUUGUGCAGAAAUGUCAGGAGCAAGACACACCUCAGGUACUGGGUGGUCAGCAGAAGGCUGUGGAGGGCUCCCUACAGCACGUUGUUAACGAGACAACCAAAGAGAUGAUUGCUCGUUCCUGUGCCACCGUUGUCACACAUCCCUUCCAUGUGAUUACUCUGCGAUGUAUGGUACAAUUUAUCGGGAGAGAAACAAAAUACAGUGGAGUGUUUGACUCCAUCGCCACAGUAUACAGAGAAGACGGCAUCCUGGGCUUUUUUGCUGGUUUGAUCCCUCGCCUGCUCGGUGACGUCCUGUCUCUGUGGAUUUGUAACCUGCUGGCUCACCUCAUCAAUGCAUACGCCAUUGAUGACUCGAUGAGUCACACAGCAGAAAUCAAGAACUGCUCUCAGGCUGUGACGGGGUUCUUUGCCAGUAUGCUCACAUACCCUUUUCUUCUGGUGUCAAACCUCAUGGCUGUCAAUAACUGUGGGCUUGCUGGAGGUCUUCCGCCCUAUGCAUCAGUAUACCCCACCUGGGUGGACUGCUGGAGGCAUCUAAGCAGAGAGGGCAACAUGAGCAGAGGCAACAGUUUAUUCUUCCGGAAGCUUCCAGCAGGAAAGAUGUACGCAGUUGACCAGAAGAGAUUUUUUUAAAGCCUGGAGAGAACUGAGCUGAACAAAGUUGUUAUAAUAAAAUAAAAAAAAAUCAACAUUGCCUGAUCUGGGGGGUGGGACAGUCGGCACUUAUCUUUUUUUUUUUGUAUGCACUUUUUUUUUUUUAACCUGCCAUCAUGUGAAAUGAUAGUUUCCAGUUAAUUUCCAGCAGGUUUUGUUUUAUGAAUACAUUUUCAGCUUGAAACUACAGGGUUGUAAAACAAUGAGACAAAUGUCUUUCUAACACCGACAUGUACAAAAACACUGAUGGAGGACGGCUCAUGCUGUUAAACAUGUCUGAUAAACCAAUGUGAAGCCCCCAUGUUUGUUUUUAUAGAUUAACUAAUGAUAAUGACUCAUUCAUCCACGUGUUGGGAUUUGUUUGUUGAAAUGGGCACUUCAGUCUGCAUGUGGUAAUGUCUACUAAUACACGUUAAUGAUCAGUGGGACCUAUGUCAUAUGGUAUUGUCUCGAUGUGUCAGUUAUUGUGAAGCUCACUGCCUGAUGGGUGUGUAAUACUAAUAGUCAGAGGGUGGUGCUGGUGGUUCAGGAGCAUGUAUGGGUGGACUGAGGCAUGGUAGGUAGCCUGAGCUGACCAAAAUCUCUUGGCACUGUGAAAGUGCUUGUAUCAACUCAUUCUGACUGACCCAAAUAAAAACUGCUUUUUUUGAA